GUCUAAUCACUGGGCCGAGCCCUCCAUAUUGUUUUAACGACACAACAUCGGACUCAGAUUCAGGAUUAUGGAUCGAAGUAGAAGGUAUGAAGAUGGAGAGGUCCGCCGUUACGGGGCCGGCGAAUCGUACCGGCCCUUCAAUCGCGACCGUGACCGAUCACCACCACCCCGCGUUCGAAGCCCCUUGAGGGACCGGGCCCGGUCCCCCCCGCCCGUGACCAGCGAUAGCUACGUCCCUGCCAGAUCUCCGCGCCGCCGAUCGCGCAGCGCCGACCGCUUCAGGCGCGAGAGAUCUCGAGAGAGGAUCGGCGGCGAGAGUUGGCGGCGCAGCCGUAGUCGAGCCCGGAGCCCUCCUCGCCGCAGCUCGCCAAGGAGGAGUCCCAUCAGACGCACUCCUCCCCGCUUCGUGUCCCCACGUCGAGACGAUCGCGGUCUGGACAGGCGGGAUGACAGGCGGGAUGACAGGAGGGAUGAUAGGAGAGAUGACAGGCGAGACGAUAGGAGAGACGACAGGAGAGACGACAGAAGGGAUGACAGGCGAGAUGACAGGAGAGACGAUCGGUGGGAUGACAGGAGAGAUGACCGAAGAGAUGGCCGAAGAGAUGACAGACGAGACGACAGGAGAGAUGAGAGGUGGGAUGAUAGGAGGGUUGACAGGCGAGACGACAGGAAGGACGACAGGUGGGACGAUAGGUGGGAUGAUAGGAGGGAUGACAGAGAUGAACGGCCAAGGUCGCCGAUGCGGAGGCAGUUUGAGAUCAGGGAUAACAGGCGGAGGUCACGCUCGCCGUUCGACAGAGACCGGUUGCCGGUUCACCGAGACCGAUCACCACCCAGACGCUCACCGCCGCCGGGCCCGCGUGGGGGAGGCACGUAUCGUCCCCGCUCUCGGAGCCCAGACUGGCGGGACCGCGACCGCGAUGAUCGCUACGUCGGACCUUCGUAUCGCCGACCGUCACCGCCACCGCUCCGAGACUCCGUUCACUCGUCGGCAUUGCCCUCACGGUCUGCAUCGGGUAGGUCCUCGCCCCGGCCAGCCUCUGUUCGCCGGGACGACCGGUCCGUACCCCAGUCCCCAGCUGCACGGUCUCACGUAUCGAACGCGCCAACGCCCACAAGCGCAGCCCCGCCGGCUCGCGACACCCCGAAGCCAGCGGCUCCGCCUCCGCAACCGUCGCAGCCACCUGCGACCAGUCAAACCGUUCCAAAAGCCCCCGCAGCAGAUGCCAACCCGACUCCGGUGAAGUCUCCUCCGAAGGGUCCGGCAGCUCUUAGGGCACCGCCCACCGGGCCUGCCGCAGCGAGGAACUUCACAUCACCAGUAGCGCCUCAAGCUGCCCCUUCACCUCGCCAUCUCCCUUCUGGUCCGAGCGGACCUUCUCGCCAUGGUGCCACAAGCCCCACAGUGCCCCCGGCCGGACCUCGCGGCUAUGUUCCGCCUCGUGCCCCGAGCUUCACGGGUCGCGGUGGUGCCAGGGGUAGCUGGUCAGCCGGCCCGCCUCGCCAUAGCAUCUCUGGCGGCGGCAGCCAAACCGGCUCACCGACCAUCUCCCAAGGCGGGUCCAGUGUUGGCGGCAUUCCGACCGGGCCCAGAGCGCAGUCCGCCUCCUCCGCCUCCGCCUCCGCCUCCGCCUCCCCCUCGCUCGGCGGCGCCAAGCCAUUCAACCCGCCGACCGGCCCAUCGGGUCACAUGCUCGCCUCGCACAGCGCACGCCCAUCGCUCGCCCAGAGCCUCCUCAACACCAUGCCGCCCAUCAUCCCGGGCGGCAAGAUUGAUCCGACGGCACUGCCCGUCGAGAUGGACCCGCACCACAAGCGCAUGCGCGACGAGGAGGAGCGGCUGCGCGAAGAGCUGCGGGUCAAGCAGGACAAGUUGCGCAAGAGCCUGCGCAUCUGGGAUAAGCUGGAGAGAGAGAGCAAAGGGUUCGAGCUGAAGAGCGACCUGAGCGAGAGAAGUCUGAAGAACAUUGCGGGCGAGGGCUUGGGAGGCGCAGCCUUCUAA